AUGAAGGAACUACUCCCUUGGCUGAAGAUCACUCAAAGAAUAAAAAUGUGGGAUGAGGAGAAAAAUUUCCAAGCAGAGUGUACUGAAGAAGGCUGGUAUCUCUUUGCAGACAGCUCGAAUGGAGAAUUUGGUCACAUAGCUGAAAUUGCUACUCCAGUCAUCUCCCUUACGGGGCCCAAAUGCAAAAUUAUAUUCUGGAACCACAUGAAUGGUUCAACAAUAGGUUCUCUGGAGGUACUCUGUAAAACCAGUAAGAAGACUUCUAAACUGUGGACUCAAAGUGGCAGCCAUGGUCCCCAGUGGAACAGAGCAGAAGUGUUCUUAGGAAUUCGUACAAAUUUUCAGGUUGUUUUCAGGGCAAAACGUGGUGUCAGUUACAUGGGAGACGUGGCAGUGGAUGAUAUUACCUUUGAAGAUUGUUCCCCUCUGCUCAUCCCAGGCAGACCUUGCACAUCAGAAGAAUUCACAUGUGCCAACAAGUACUGCAUCCCAAAAGAUAAUCUGUGUGAUUUUGUAAACGACUGCACAGAUAACUCGGAUGAGAACCUGACUAUUUGCAGUACCUCUAUUGGGCAUUGCAAUUUUGAGUUUGAUCUUUGUGGAUGGAAGCAAGAUGAAAAUGAUGAUUUUGACUGGAACCUUAGAACUAGCAGUACUACAAAAAUGGGCACUGGACCAGCAACUGAUCAUACAUUGCAAGAGCCAUAUGGUCAUUAUAUUUUUAUAAAGAGUUCAUUUUUUCAGUUACCAGGACAGAAAGCUAGGAUUUCUAGUCCUGUUCUAAGCAGAAGGAAUAAAAACUGCAAGAUACUUUUCUGUUAUCAUAUGUAUGGAGAUCACAUUGGAUCAUUGAUUGUCUACCAGAGGUCUAUGACAAAACAUGAAAAAAUUCUCCUUAAUCUUACUGGAAACCAGGGAAAUUUCUGGCAGCGCAAGGCACUGAUCCUUGCUGGAGGUGGAGAUGAAGAUUUCCAAGUUGUCUUUGAAGGGAUAGCUGGAAAAGGUCCCAAAGACGGCAUAGCACUUGAUGACCUCACGUUUUCCAGGGAGUGUUUACCAUCCCAGCAGUUUUUACCAGCAGAACCGACAAUGCUGCCACCAACAGGCUCCUGCUCACAUGGCUAUUGGCAAUGUCGGAAUGGCAAGUGUUACAGACCAGAACAAAGCUGUGAUUUUGAAGACAACUGUGGGGAUAAUACAGACGAGAGUGAAUGUGGAACUUCCUGCACCUUUGAGAAUGGCAGAUGUGGCUGGAAAAAUUCCCUGGCAGACAAUUUUAACUGGGUGCUAGGGGUCAGCUCGCCUCAAAGUCUUAGACCUCCCGGGGACCACACACUUGGAAAUAGAUCUGGACAAUUCCUGUAUCUUGAGGCCACUGCGAUAGGCCUAAAAAAUGAAAAAGCCCAUGUGAGGAGUUCCAGAUGGAAAGAAUCAAGUGGGACUUGUAUGAUGAGUUUCUGGUACUUCAAGUCAUCAAAAGCCAUGGGCCGUAUUCAGGUUCUGAUUAAGACUGAUGAUGAAAUUGUGAAAAUAUGGAGUGAAUCAGGAAAUCAUGGUGAUGAGUGGAACAAAGUUGAGUUACACUUGGGAAAACUGAGGAAUUUUGAAGUUAUCUUUGAAGGUAUUCGUACCAGAGACCUAGGAGGAGGAGCAGCAAUAGAUGACGUAGAAUUCAACAACUGCACCACAAUUGGAGAGAAUCCCAGGGAAUGCCCUGCCCUCACUGAUUUUGUGUGUGGGAAUGAGAAUUGCAUAGAGUCUCAGUUCAUCUGCGACUAUAAACCAGACUGUGAAGACUUAUCUGAUGAAGCUGACUGCAGUUACUACACAAGUAUUCCUGGAAGCUGUAACUUUGAAACACAAGAUCAACAAUGGACCACUGUAUGUGGAUUAACACAAGACCCUACUGAUGACUUUGACUGGAAUAUUAGCAACAGUGCUGUCACUGGGCAAAUGGGUCCUGAUGCUGACCAUACACCAGGUAAAGGACAGCAUUUUUUGUAUGUGAAUUCAUCUGCCCAGAAGGAAGGAAAUAGAGCAAGGAUAUUUACAACCAAACUCUUCCCAGCUAGCCUCGGAGUCUGUAGGGUGCGGUUCUGGUUCUGGAUGUUUCCUUCCAGGCAAACAGGACUCUUAAAGGUAUACACAGUUGAAGAACAUGGAAUGGAUAUUCUUAUGUGGUCUUCCAGUAGAAAUGAAGAAAACAAAUGGAUGUAUGCAAAUGUGGUCCUCUCUAGUAACAGCCCUUUCAGAGUUGCCUUCGAAGCUGAAGUGGAGUGGAGUGAAUCCACAGAAUUUGCUCUUGAUGAUAUUUCUUUCACCCCAGAAUGCAUUGAGGGAGAUUCAGCUAAUCCAAACCUUCCAACUUGCAGUAGUGACCAGUUCACAUGUGCAUAUGUGCAGCAGUGUUUGCCCCUUGCAGCAAAAUGCAAUGGGGCUGAAGAUUGCAUGGAUGGAAGUGAUGAAAUGAAUUGUCCCACAGAGAUGCCUACUCCCAUGUCUCCAGGCUCCUGCAAGCAAACAGAGUUUCUGUGUCCUUCCAAGGGCUGUAUCCCAUCCCUCCUGAAAUGUGAUGGUGUACCUGACUGCCACCUUAAUGAAGAUGAAGUUGGCUGCCCCAUUAAAGAUUGUUUCAAUGGUUCUUUGUUAUGUGCGUCAACCAAUCAAUGCAUAGCAGUCUCUCAGCGUUGUGAUGGCAUUGCAGACUGCCUUGAUUUCAGCCUUGAUGAGUCCAGCUGUUCAGUUUGUCCUGAAGAAUAUUGCAAGAAUGGAGGAAGAUGCAUCAUCAAAGAUGACAUUCCGAUAUGCCAAUGUGGAAAAGAAUGGAAGGGAAACCGUUGCCACAUAAGUGCUAAGCCUCUUCAGCCUCCAACUUCAAGUCUCCUCCAACAUGAUAUUUGGAUUGGGUUGGGUAUCGCUUUCUUACUGAUUAAAAUUACAGCUGCUGCCUUGUAUUUCCUUUUGAAGAAGAAAGUGCCAGAAACGAAACUGGAGGAAAUCACUAAUGCUUCGUUUGCCAACCCAUUGUACAAAGACCUUAGUUCAUCUGGGAAAGUAAAGUCUCCUGAAGAUGCCACCUCACCCACUGUUCAAAUAAGUGUUUCUCCAUGGCAUGAGUAUCUGUUUAAUGAAGAUGUGAAUGCUACUUCUUUUACAAAUCCACUCUAUGGUGAAGAAUCAGAAGACAUGGAGAAAUUAUGUAGUUCCUUGAAAAUAGACAUAAACCAGGAUCAAUAUUGCUUGUAA